UAUUGUACGUAUGUAUGAUUUAUCCAAUCAAGAUAAAGGUUACUAAACUUGAGAUUUUGUUCUGAUUGGUUAAAUUCUAAUACAAUCGUAAUUCGUGAUCUGAUCCAUAAUUGACCCUAAUGUAUUAACAUAUUAAUGUUGAUGUACACACCUGCAAAGAAGAGCGCUUUAACAUCAGUCCGGUUUUGAAAGAAAUAUGGCGGAUGUUGAGCUGGCAAAAGCCCUGAAAGAUUUGCCGAAUCGCAUACAAACCGCUAGCAAAAAUGAGCGCCAUGAGGUUAUACAAAAUGUCGUCACUGUACUGUCAAAUCCCGGUAUUAAUGAAAAAAUUGUUAAUAGACUCUGUAAGGUAGUUGUACUUACCUUACAUAGAUACAAAGACAAUGCUUCCAAAUCCUAUAUAAGAAACUUGAUUGUAGAACUGCUAAAAAAACAACCAGAGGCUACGAUUAAACAUAUGACAACUGUAAUUUCUGAGCAAGCUGUUUGGCAUAAGAAUGUCAUAGCCACGUCAAAUACUACUCUAACUGCAUAUAUUGUAUUAAAAUGGUCAACUUUAGUUAUUCUUUAUGGAUAUAAUAAGGAGCUAUGUAUCAAUGAAACAUUAUUGCGACUCAUUGAGGCACAAGCAAAUUUAUCUGCUGCAGCGUUAGCAUCUGCAGAUAAAAAACUUACUAACAAAGUAUACAUGUUACUAGCACAUGAAUGGACCAUUGCUACACGCAUAGAAGUAAUUUAUGUGGAAAAUUUAAGAAAAUUGGAACUUGGGAAUGGUGUAAUUAUUCUAGCAAGCUUACUUACAAGAUAUUUAGUUGUUAUAAAAAGAAAUGAUUUAAUCGAACGGUUAAAGGCAAAUAUGGUAGAAAUUUUUAUAAAAGUAACAAUUAGUUGUAAGAAGAAACCAGAUUUAUAUAUAGUAGAUGUAGCUGCACCAUUUCUUCAAAGAUUAACACAUGAAGAAUUCAAAUCUCAUUUACUUCCUGCUUUACAAAAAGCAAUGUUACGUAAUCCUGAGAUCAUAAUUGAAUCAGUUGGUCACAUAUUAAAUGGAUUAAGUUUGGACUUGAGUCAAUACUGUCAAGAUAUUAGUAAAGGAUUAUUUGCCAAUUUACAUUCUAAGGAAGAUUUAGUACGAGAUGAAGCGGUUGUAGCAUGCCGGAAACUUGCUUUACAAUGUUCCGACACGACUGCUUUAGAAGCAAUGUUAUCGUCUGUAUUUGCUAUAUUCCACGGAUCAGAAGGAAAGCUCACAGUUGCAACUCACAAGAUCUCUGUGCUGCAAGGAGCAGGUAAUCUCAGUUACAAUGUUGCUUCAGGUAGCACUGUACAAAAACUGUCUGAAACAGCCUGUGAGCAUUUUAUUAAAGUACUCGAAACUGAAGUUCAUGAAAAAACAUUGAUAUAUGCACUCGAAAUGAUGGCAUUGUGGUCCAAGAAAUUUACAUCAACAGUACCAAAAAUAGUGGUAGAUGCUUUCAAAAAAGGCAUGGCAGCAAAAACGUCCACGGCCGCAGUACGUACUGCUUAUGUCAAAUUAUUCUUUACAACUCCUGUUGCUCCUUACUCGGGAAUAAUAGUACCAAUUCUUGCACAAGCAAUAACCCGAGCUAUGCAGCAGUGCGCACAACCAGCGGCUGUAACCGAAGGUUUAAUUGCUUCGUAUUUAUUACUAAAGUUAAUAUUAGCCGAUCAAAUUGAGAACGAUAAACAGAAUGUAUUGUGGAACGCGAUCGACGAACAAAUAUUCUUUUCGGAAAAGUUCCUGUUGACCUGUGGCGAUGACAUCUUGUAUCAUAUAAUGUCGCUAUGCGAGCGACUUAUCAGUGAAUUUUCCAAUAGGCUAAACGAGAAAGCUUUAACCGGAAUUUAUCGCGCGAUUGUAUCUUGCGCUAUAACUCCAAACUCUUCUACGAGACGACGAUGUUUUCCUUUGAUUAAAAAGAUUAUGACAGGCCUGAGUAGUUAUACGUCUGCCCAAACUUUAUUGAUGGAAUUUAGCAAGUUUUUGGAAAAUGUCAAGAUUAAGUUGGAAUCAGAUAAAGAAAGCAGAGAAGAGACAAAUUUAAUAGGAGAAGUAACAGGCAGAUGUCUUUCGGACGGAUUGUUCGCAUUGUGUUCCGGUUCUUUUUUAUUUGAAGCACUUACGUACCAAAUGAUAAAAGACGCCCUACUUCCAUCUCAUCAUCAAGUGCUGUUAAAAGCUGCGCCAAAUCUAUGGUUUAAAAUCGCAAAAAACCAUAAUAUCGUGCCAAAGGAGUUCUUACGUAACUAUAGCAAUGAAGUGAAGAAGAUAUUGAUACAAAAUUAUAAACCAUUGCCAACUUAUGAAAACGCAGUUGCGAGAAUUGUAUCAUUAACUCCGGAAGUUUUUUUACCUUCGCUUGUAUCAGAUAUAAUAGAUAAGCUCGAUGAUCCAGAAAUUUUAAGAGUUACCAAGGACGAGUAUUUCACAUAUCUUACUCCUGAAGGUGAACUUUACGACAAAAGCGUAUUGCCUAUAAACGAUGACAAUGACAUUCUCAAUUCUGUAAAUAUGAAAAGAGAAAGUAAAGUUUACUCAUUCAAGGAGCAACAAGAAGAACUUCAAUUAAGGCGUGAAUUAUAUGAAAAACGUAAAAAGGAGGGCAAAAUAAAAGAACCAAAAUUGACGCCUAAACAAGAGGAAAGUAUAAAGACGCAAAUAGCGAAAGAGACAAGCAUACGCAAAAGAUUAACUGAAUUAAAAGCCAAGAUAGAUCACACUGUAUCUUUAGUAAAAAGUUCGAUAAACGGAAAUAAGCAAGAACUAUCUUUUCAUCUGAAGGAUCUGUUGCCACCUAUUUUGAAAAACCUCGCCUCUCCACUGGCAGCUCCUGAAAUGUCUCAACUUUUUAUAUCUCUUCGACAAACUAUCACGGUGGAUAAUAGUGCGAUUCUAAGCGAUCUUAUUGCUCAUGUUACAUUGCGGCAAUUACAACCACUAUGUGAUUUAGAUCAAGCUUGGGAAGAAGAAAAUCUUGACGUAGCGGUUAAAAGAACAUUAAAUCUUAUACAUACAGCUACGAUCAAAAAGAAAGAAUUAUUUACAGCACCUGCGUUUUGCUAUGUUUUUCCUUUUAUAAGAAAAACUUUAUUAUCGUAUAAAGAUGAGAAUAUGAUAAUACAAGGGCUGCAAUUGAUCCAGGAACAUGCUAAACAAAGAAGCAGCUCCAAAGAUUCCAAAGAUAUUAGACAUCCUCGAUUAUUGCCACGCAAACAAAUGUUUGACUUGCUGAUCGAACUAAUGGAGAUCUCAACAGGUCGAGUGCAGCCGCAUGCGAUAGCGACAUUGUUGGAUGUUGCACAAUCUGGUAGCGGGCAACCAGGCGCGGCAAUCGCCACCAGUGAAGACAUCGAUUCUCUGAUCGGUGCGCUACAAAAUUCUUCGCCCACUGUAAGAGACGCGGCACUUCGCGGACUGACGGUAAUACAAAAAGCGUUCCCAUCUCAAAAAGAGAAUUCGGGUCAACUCAAUCAACUUACUAGAAGAAUAUGGAUUGCUCGAUUUGACGUAAACGAUGAGAACAAGAUUCUUGCCAAUGAAUUGUGGAAUGCGGCUGAUUUUACUGCGCAGCCAGAAGUUCUUUGCAAUGAACUAAUUCAAGACAUUGCUCAUCCAGUGGAACCGAUACAGCAAGCAGCUGCCGUCGCAUUAGCACACAGCUUGGCUAGUGUGCCUCAUUUGACGUCAUCUGUACUGGAUAGCUUGUUGCAUCUGUAUGACGAAAAACUGGUUUUAAUACCGCCAAAAUUAAAUGAUUUCGGCCGAGUAAUUGAACAGUCUAUCGAUAUGUGGGGUCCACGACGCGGAGUAGCGCUUGCACUCACUCAAAUAGCGCCUUGUCUCACUGCCGAGACGGUACAUCGUCUUGUGCAAUUUUUUGUUCUGACCGGUCUAGGAGACAGGAAUCAAGCGGUACGCACCGAGAUGCUUACGGCCGCUGUCGCGGCGGUUGACCUUCACGGUAGUACGAAUAUAACGUCGUUGCUACCGGUCUUCGAAGAUUUUAUGGAUAAGGCACCAAAAAUCGGUAGUUUCGAUUCAAUCAAACAAUCGGUAGUAAUUCUUAUGGGGUCUCUGGCGAGACAUUUGGAUAAGAAUGACCCGCGAAUCAAGCCCAUUGUGAUGCGUCUCAUCACCGCUCUUUCAACACCAUCGCAGCAAGUUCAGGAGGCCGUAGCCAAUUGUUUACCGCAUCUCACUGAUUCUAUUAAAGAAGAUGCGCCGAAAAUUGUUGACAAUUUAAUGGACCAACUGCUCAAAUCUGACAAGUACGGCGAGCGUAAGGGCGCGGCUUAUGGAUUGGCGGGCCUUAUCAAGGGUAUGGGAAUUCUAGCAUUGAAGCAACUCGAUAUUAUGAACAAGUUGACUACUGCUAUUCAAGACAAAAAGAACUAUAGACAUCGCGAAGGAGCUUUGUUUGCUUUCGAAAUGUUAUGCACGAUGCUUGGAAGGUUGUUCGAACCUUACAUUGUUCACGUUUUGCCGCAUUUGCUCCUGUGUUUUGGCGACUCGAGUCAGUAUGUGCGAACUGCUACUGAUGACACCGCUAGAGUGGUUAUGAGUAAACUGUCUGCUCAUGGCGUUAAACUCGUUCUUCCGAGUUUAUUGGCGGCUCUCGAAGAAGACUCUUGGAGAACAAAAACAGGGUCCGUCGAAUUACUCGGUGCUAUGGCAUACUGCGCACCGAAACAGUUGAGCAGCUGCUUACCAAGUAUUGUUCCCAAGUUGAUAGAGGUGCUUAGCGAUUCUCACACAAAGGUACAAGAAGCUGGCGCGGAAGCUCUCAAAGUCAUUGGAAGUGUUAUCCGUAAUCCGGAGAUACAAGCAAUUGUACCCGUACUAUUGAAAGCAUUACAGGAUCCUUCACACAAGACCGCUACUUGCCUGCAAACGUUAUUGGAUACACAAUUUGUACAUUUUAUUGAUGCUCCCUCGCUAGCUUUGAUCAUGCCCGUGGUGCAGCGCGCGUUUCUCGAUCGUUCAACAGAGACAAGAAAGAUGGCCGCGCAAAUAAUUGGAAAUAUGUACUCUUUAACAGAUCAAAAAGAUCUGACACCGUAUUUGCCGACUAUUAUCCCUGGUUUAAAGACGAGUUUACUCGAUCCAGUACCGGAAGUGCGCAGCGUAUCGGCAAGAGCAUUGGGUGCAAUGGUACGAGGAAUGGGCGAGUCUAGUUUUGAGGAUUUGUUACCCUGGUUGAUGCAAACGUUGACUUCUGAAACUAGUAGUGUUGACAGAUCUGGCGCUGCCCAAGGUCUUUCGGAAGUGGUACGUGGACUAGGAGUUGAGAAACUUCAUAAGCUAAUGCCUGAAAUAAUUAGCACUGCAGAAAGAACCGACAUUGCUCCCCACGUAAAAGAUGGAUAUAUCAUGAUGUUUAUAUACAUGCCAAGUGCGUUUACUACUGAGUUUACGCCCUAUAUAGGACAAAUUAUUAAUCCCAUUCUAAAGGCGUUAGCCGAUGAAAACGAAUAUGUACGAGAGACCGCUCUCAGAGCAGGACAACGUAUCGUCACACUUUAUGCCGAUUCGGCGAUAAUGUUAUUACUACCGGAAUUGGAGAAAGGUCUUUUUGACGAUAACUGGCGUAUUCGAUACUCGUCCGUGCAACUUCUCGGCGAUUUGCUCUAUAGAAUUUCUGGUGUUUCGGGCAAAAUGUCAACUGAAACUGCGAGCGAAGAUGAUAAUUUUGGUACCGAACAAUCGCAUUUUGCUAUCAUAAACGCCUUAGGUGCGGAGAGACGGAAUCGCGUAUUGGCCGGUCUCUAUAUGGGUCGGUCGGAUGUAGCGUUAAUGGUACGUCAAGCGGCUCUUCAUGUGUGGAAAGUUGUCGUGACUAAUACACCUAGAACAUUGCGAGAAAUAUUACCAACUCUCUUUACGCUUCUACUGGGAUGUUUGGCGAGCACGAGUUAUGACAAGAGACAAGUGGCCGCUCGAACAUUAGGCGACCUUGUUCGAAAAUUAGGAGAACGAGUAUUACCGGAAAUUAUUCCGAUCUUGGAGAAGGGGUUGCAGAGUGAUCAGGCUGAUCAACGCCAGGGAGUAUGCAUAGGUCUCUCGGAAAUUAUGGCCAGCACCAACAAAGAUAUGGUGUUAACUUUUGUUAUUAGCCUUGUGCCAACAGUACGAAAAGCGCUUUGUGAUCCACUGCCGGAGGUUCGACAAGCUGCGGCUAAGACUUUUGAUGGUUUACAUUCCACAGUGGGCGUUCGCGCGCUUGAUGAUAUAUUGCCGGCAAUGUUAACACAACUCAAUUCACCAGAUCCAGCCGAAGCGGAAAAUACAUUAGACGGUUUACGCCAAGUGAUGGCUAUCAAAUCGCGUGUUGUACUCCCGUAUCUAGUCCCGCAAUUAGCUUCCCCUCCAGUUAAUACAAAAGCAUUGUCGAUAUUGGCUAGCGUGGCAGGCGAAGCAUUAACGAGAUUUCUUCAUAGAAUUCUACCAGCGUUACUCACUGCCCUUUCUAGUGCACAAGGAACAGCAAAUGAGCUUCAGGAAUUAGAAUACUGUCAGGCUGUUGUUCUUUCUGUCACCGAUGAAGUAGGCGUCAGAACCGUUAUGGAUCAGUUAAUGGAAGCCACGAGAGCGGAAGAUCUCUCGAAACGACGAAGCGCUGCAACGUUGCUUUGCGCUUUCUGUCGUGACACUAGAGCUGAUUAUAGUCAGUAUGUACCCCAAUUGCUAAGAGGUUUGAUUCAUUUAUUUACCGAUGAAGAUAGAGAUGUAUUGCAAAUGAGUUGGGAAGCCCUUACCGCCGUCACCAAGACUCUUUCAUCUGAACAACAGAUAGCACACGUACAGGAUAUCAGGCAAGCCGUCCGAUUUGCUGUGUCCGAUUUGAGAAGUCAGGAAUUGUUACCCGGAUUUUGUCUUCCCAAAGGGAUUACGCCAAUUCUACCUUUAUUCAGAGAAGCUAUAUUGAACGGAUUGCCAGAAGCAAAAGAACACGCUGCUCAAGGAUUAGGAGAAGUUAUAAGAUUAUCUAGUGCGGCUGCAUUGCAGCCAAGUGUUGUACACAUUACUGGCCCGCUUAUUCGAAUUCUUGGUGACCGUUUUAAUUGGAGUGUUAAAGCAGCUGUGCUUGAGACACUUGCGAUAUUACUCGGAAAGGUUGGUGUUAUGCUCAAACAGUUUCUGCCGCAACUUCAAACAACUUUUUUAAGAGCUUUGAAUGAUAGCAAUCGACAAGUCAGGUUGAAAGCAGCUUACGCUCUUAGUAACCUGAUUGUCAUUCAUACGCGUGUCGAUCCUCUGUUCACUGAACUUCAUACUGGUAUCAAAACAGGAGAUGAUCCUGCAAUAAGAGAAACAAUGCUACAAGCUCUAAGAGGUGUUCUAACUCCAGCUGGUGAUAAAAUGACUGACCCUAUGAAGAAACAAGUAUUCGCAACGCUCAGCAGCAUGCUUGGUCAUCCGGAAGAUGUUACAAGAAAUGCAGUUGCUGGUUGCUUUGGUGCCCUUUUACGAUGGUUAAACUCAGAGCAAUUAGCAAUCGCGUUUAAUGAUCAUUUGUUAUGUAACGAUGUUAAUGCUGACUGGAUGCUUAGACAUGGACGUUCAGCUGCACUUUUUGUAGCGCUGAAAGAAUCACCUGCUACAGUGUACAUUAAGGAAAAAGAUCGUGUUUGCACGCUAAUACUUUCAUAUUUAGCUGCGGAUAGAGUACAGAUAGUCAUGAAUGGAAUACGAGCAUGUGGGUAUCUAUUCCAAUAUCUCAUGAACGAGUCACAACCCAUACCACAACUAAUUUUAUCACCUUUCGUGAGGUCUAUGAAUAAUAACACAAAUGACGUAAAACAAUUACUUGCUCGAGUCUGUAUCCAUCUCGCGCGUAACAUAUCGCCUGAAAAAAUGUCAUCUGAAUUGCUCAGAGCACUUUUACCAAUGUUAAUGAAUGGGACAAAAGAAAAAAAUGGAUAUGUAAAAGCGAAUAGUGAACUUGCGCUUAUCGCGGUGCUUCGACUGAGACAAGGUGAAGAAGAACAUCAGCGUUGUAUGGCUUUUCUCGAUGCUGGCGCGAGAGAAUCUCUACACGAUGUGGUCAGCAAAGUAUUACGUAAAGUUCUCUCUCAGCCGGAAGGUAAAAUAGAAGAGUUGGAUGACACGUUACUCACAUGAGAGAUAUUGUACUUCCUAAGAUUUAAUACGCACUAUAUAUGUUUUCAAAAUCAUAUUACUUGUCCUUAUUCGUACGACUCUUAUGAAAAAAAGAUUUAUUGUUCAUGUAUUAAGUAUAUUAUGAACAAAGUAACUCGAUCAAUAUUGUAUCUCAAUAAGCAAUUAAAAAGCAUAAAGUGGAACGGU